UUGGCAGCUUCUGCUACUUUUUGCUAUACCGAAAAUAAGGACUUAGUCUACGGAGGGAUAUUUAUUAGGUGCCAAGGUGUUUUUUGGAUCAUUCGAUUUUGUGAUUCGUUCGUUGUUCCUUCGAAUUAUUCGAUUUUUUUUUUCUCGAAUUAUUCGAUCUUUUUGUUCAAAGAGUUGUUCGAGACCGGAUCUGAUCGAUCUCAGUUACGCUCGAAUGUGAUGGACAAUGAAAUUGAAACGUUGAAAACAAAGUUAGAAAAAGCGGAAUCGGAGAAAUUAGCUGUUGCCCAGUUGGCAAGGGAUAUCUUGCUGAAAGAUGAAGAGAAGGAUCAACGACUGGCCACACUUGGUGAAGAAAAUCUUCAGCAGUCAAGGGAUAUUGCUCGGUUACAAGCACUGUUAACAUCGCGUGAUGAAUAUCUUGCUGAGAUGGAAAAUGAAAUUGCAAAAUUGCAAAAUGAGGUUGCUACGCUGAACGAUAAGAAAAGCUCGUAUUUGGUUGAACUCGAACAGAAGAUCUCUUCCCUUCAUGCACAGGUGACCGAAAAGAACGCUAUUUUGAGUGACACGGGACAGAAAGUACUGCAACUCAAGAAGAAUUUGGCAGCUAAGGAACGAGAAUUGGAAGAAGCUUUAAAGAAGACGCCUGAAAAAUUUUCAGUGACCGAAACGCCGAAUUCAGAUCGAGAAAAAAACAUGUUCUCUAUUAAAUUGGUGUGUUUUUCUUUUUUCGUGAAAAAGCCGAGGAUUGUUACGAGAAUACUUUUUUUUUUCUUACUCAGCCUUUCUUUGAGUGUUUUUUUUUGUUCGCCUGUAUGGGUUGGAAUAUGUGGCUUCCUAUAA